GGGGGGGGGGGGGGGGGGCUCCACUAACUAUCCAUCGGCGUACAUUGGCCACUGAUGCCCGUGCGGAGUUGUUUUCCGUAACUUCUUCAGGAUACAACGUGCCGACAGCCGACCGGGCCUCCUCCUGUGCUCCUUAAAUAAUCGCCCUUCGGCCUGCCGUCUGUCUGUGCCGGGUUCUCUUAUCUCUUCCCUGCCUUCGCCGAAAAAAAGCUGGACACUGUUAGUGAUUCGUUAGGCCGACAUGUGGAACCAACUCUGUUUUGUGAUUCUCGUGGCGUUUCAGACCCUUGGGUGGAGUAGGGCCGAGGUCGUUGGGAUAACGCAUUUGGAUACUGACCCGAUUUGGAGUCUCGGGCCUGCUGCAAUCAACUUCCGAGCCAGCCAAGCGGCGGCUCUGACGACGUUCCUGGAUAUGCAAUAUGCCACAUGGUGGGGCGCUAACGGAACACUGAGAGUUGCCCGUCGUCUCCUGCACCCAACGGGUGACUGGCAAAUAACGGCCGUGAACGGACAAAUUGAUGCCUCAAAUGCCGGUGAAACAGCGUUCACAACCACAUCGUAUGCCGAAUUGUCGGUCGCUACCGAACACACUCCCAACAUAGCCAUAUCGGCCAUCGAUGGACGCAUCCACCUUAGCUUCAACGGCGGCGGAACUGUCAUUAAUUACAUCGCCAGCGAGUCCGGCCUUGCGCUCGCCAGUGGCAAGAAAAAAUCCUGGCACUGGGGCCGCUUCUCCAGCACAAUGACCACCCUGAACGGCACGGCGCUGCCAGCCAAUCCACUUUUCCCACGGUUCAUUGUCACGGGCAAUACGGUCCAGCUGUACUACAUGCCAGGUGCAUUCAAUGGAAACAGCUCGGUAGAAUUGGCCGAGUACAGCAACACGACGAUGAAAUGGGUUUCCCUCGGCAGGUUUGUGAGCUGGGACGGCUCGUACACGACCCCGACAACAUACACACCACUCUCCUCCACCACAACCAAGACAUCCACAGCACGGUCCCUUCUCCCUCACGGCAUUCUCAUGAAAAACAACCGGCUCCACCUAUAUGGCGUCUGGGCCGAAAACGCCUACGUCUCCUGCGCCGGGUACAGUGGCAUAAACAACCACGACACCGUCUAUGUCUACUCGGACGAUUGGGGCCGCACGUGGAAAACCGCCGCAGGCACCACCGUCGGCAUCACCGGCUCCACCACCCUCAUCAGAGUCAGCACCACCGGCAUCAUCGCCGACGCCCAGUUGGCCGACCGCGCUAUCCGCAACGGCGAAUCCAUGGAAGUCGACAACAACGGCCGUCCCAUGGGCCUCAGCUCCUACGUCGACCCCUCCUACGUCGCCUGCGCAAACUACUCUCACCGUGCAACGUACGCCCAACCGUUCCUCAUCGCCCGCGCAGCAACGGGCACAUCCCACACACGCAUCCCCGUCCCCUUCCUCAUUGGCCGCGUCGGGAUGAGUACUGUCGUUGUCGAUGACCGCAACAACGCCUACGUGCUUAUGAGCGGGUUGCGAGUUGUACGUGCGACGGCUGCGAGCGGGUACACGGACUGGAAGAUGAUGUGGAAUGGCGCGAACGAAGGGCUCCUGUCGGUGACGGACCCGACAGUGGAUCGGGCAAGGAUUCAGGCUGAUGGGGUCAUUUCGAUACUGUAUCAGUCGACCAAGGGCAUCUCGGUUAUCGAUAUUGCCAUGUAUUGAGUUGGGGCGGGAGGAAUCGAGCCGGGGGUUGCGGGUGGGGGUCUGGGUGGGGG